ACAGCAGUCAUGUAAACAUGACUUAAAUCAAAUUCACAAUCGGACCUUUUAACUUAUGCUAUUCACAUUCUAAAUAAGAUGGUCACCCCAUCUCUGUGAGUCAUCUGUUUUGCGUUUUCAUAGCUAUUGGCAAGCAUAGAAACACGAAAACAAAGGUAUUAAAUUUGUACAAUUUUCAAGUUUUGGUUGUAGGCCCUAAAUAUCCAAUUAUAAAAAGAAGACUUAAUCUAAAAUAAGAAAAGAUGAUUUCAAUCAACAGUUCCGACUUUAUAAAAAUUAAUGUUACAAACUCUAAAACGGACCAUGUUGCAUAUGAAAUCAAAAUUGCCAAAUCAAUAACAGUUGGUGAGCUGAAGCAAAAACUGCAGAUUAUCACCGGUGGCAGUGCCGGCACCAUGAAGGUAGCCCUAUACAAAGGCGAUGAAUUAGUGACAUCCCUUACCGAUGAUACCAUGAUGUUGGGAGCACUACCCAUUGAGAGCAACAUGCGGUUUCAUGUUGUCGACGAUUUUCUGUACGAUGUCCAAGACGAACAAGUUCAAAAAUUCGAAUUACCAGAGGAGCAAUACGACCAAAAGGAGAAUACAGUGCGGAGCUUCUUAAAAAAGAACCGCAUGGGUAAAUAUAACGAAGAGGAACAGAAGAGAGAAGAAGCUAAACGUUUGGAAAAGGAAGCAUUGGAAAAGCAAAAGGCUGAAUUGUGCACAGUUGGUUCUCGCUGUCAGGUAACCGUCAAAGGAUGUCCCACACGGCGUGGUACAAUAAUGUAUAAUGGCUCCCUAGAAGGAAAGACUGGUAUUUUCAUAGGUGUUAAAUACGAUGAACCUUUGGGCAAAAAUGAUGGAUCUAUUCAGGGAAAACGAUACUUUAGCUGUCCCCCAAACUAUGGGGGAUUUGUUGCGCCAUUGGCAGUAGAAGUAGGCGACUUUCCCGAGGAGGACUUUAAUUUGGAUGAUGAAAUUUAAAUCCAAUUAGAUUUACUACCAGUUAAUUGAAGUCACACGCUGAUCUACUUUUUUUACAAAAAUCUUCAGCCAAUUCCUUAUGUGUUAAGAACAUCUAUCUCCCACAAUUCACAUUGUAUCGUAUUAUUAGAAGCGAUAGAGUUAAGCGCGUUUUUUUCCUUUGUUACUAAAACCAUACUUUCAUUUGCUUCUUUUUAAUUAUGGCCUAGCUAAUAAGUUGUAAUACUUAAAUAGUAAUUUAUUUUGGAAUAAUUUUUUUUUUUUACUGCGAAUAAACAUAAAUUGGAUUGAUUUUCUUUAAAUAGUUUUGGAAAAUCCAAUGGAA